UACUGAGGCAUCAAACUGAGGUGGCUUCAUUGAUAGACUGUGGGUCUUUGAUGUAAUUUGGAACGCCAAGGUCUGCUGAAACGUUCUGGUAAAGCACAUGGAUGAAGACACUCUUAUCAAUAACCCACCCACAAAUAUUGCUAGGAACGCAGUUAUAUUUGUCCUUUGAAACGUCAUCUACUGAGAAUUUGUCAAUUUGUAAAUCUACUAUUGAAAAUUGCGUUAAGGAUAUUGACUUGAGGGUGCCAGCAAACAAAGUGAAACUGAACAAUGGCAAGACAGAAAUUCUAGUGUUUUCGUCCCCCUACUGCCCACGUCCUGCUUUGAACAACCUUGUCAUUGCUUCUGAAGCUGUUGACUGUUCAACAACUGCUAAGCCUUCUAUGUCAAUGCUUCCACAUGUUACAGCUGUAUGCAAGUCUUCUUUCUUUUAUCUUCGAAAUAUUUUCAAGAUUCGCAAGUUUCUUUCUUAUGAUACAUGCAAAAUUCUAAUUCAUGCCUUCGUUACGUCAAGGAUCGACUAUUGUAAUUCGCUGCUCUAUAUAUGGUCAGCCAAAAUGCAUGUAUUUUACAUCGUCUGCGAAGUGUCAUUACUAAUGCUGCAAGGCUCAUUGAUCUUAGCAGUAUAUAUGAACAUGUCAUUCCUUUGCUUAUCCAGCUUCAUUGGCUUCAUAUGGUGCUGCACCUGACUAUAUCACUGAGCUCAUUGUGAUGCCUUGUGAUGCCUUGUGAUGCCUUGUGAUGCCUUGUGAUGCCUUGUGAUGCCUUGUGAUGUCCUGUGAUGAGUUGUGAUUUCCUGUAAAACAAUAUUGACACUUUGUGAAUACCUUCCUGGGGGCUGUAGGUUCCAAUAUCAUUCUCGACCCCAGUCCUUUGGUACAGUUACUCGGUUACAUAGGGGUAAGCGCAUACAUGGAAAGAUCUACGCACGGUGUUGCGAAUUAGGUCUCUAUAGAAUUGUGAUAUGUGAUGUGAUCACAAACUUUAUGUGGUAAUGACAAUCUUCCUAAAUCGUGCAUGGUAUACGUGCCGCUAGCCAGAGUCCACAAUAAUUUAACCCAAGUGAUAACCUUACCGCGCGCGUUGUCAAGUGGCUUUUUCGCAGUCAUGUACCGAACACGAAGACGUAAAGUACUCUUUAUUUCGACGAUUCUUCUCUUAACCAUGGCCGUGGUGAUUCUUAAAAACAAAAAGCGCCGAGAUGGAGGCAUCGGUAAUGAACGAACAAGAACUAUCGACGACACGGUUCGAGUUUUAAACAGAUCUGGACUUAAUUUCAAUAAACAGACUUCAGAAGGAGGAUUAAAUGUUGCAAUUUGGGAGGACAUAUGUGGCUAUGAAAUGCUUUCACUUAAGGAGUACCCUCUAUUUCCACAUGGGCCGUCAAAACGGCUUAGGACGUCAAGAUUGCGAAUGCAUUUCGCAGAGAAAUUUGAGAAUUUUGGAUUACGAAUCUUUGGAUUUUUAGCUCCCUUUGAAUCUGGGGAUUUCAGUUUUUAUUUAGCAUCGACUGGAUCGACUGAACUUUGGAUGAGCUUGGACUCAAAACCAGAACACAGUCAACUGAUUUGCAACGUUACUUCGGAUAUAAGCUGGAAAAAUGGACGAGGCACGUUUCAUUUGAAUGCGGGCGAGCGGUACUAUGUGGAGAUUUUACACAAACAUGGCGAAGUCGACGACGACGAUAAUGAUGGAAAAUUGAGUCACUUGCAUCUAAAAUGGAAAUCUUCGACUUGGAAAGAACAUGAACUAAGAGAUAUUCCUUCGAAUGUUUUGAGUCCUUUCGAAAAUGAUCGUGAUUUGAACAAAGUGAAAUCAAAUUCAUUGCCAAGCCAGCAAGUGAGUGAUUUUGCGCUUCCAAUGCAUAUUCCACGCCGCGAUCCGUCGUUUGUAAACGAAGAAGCGAAGCGUCGAGCUGAAAUGUAUCGCCUUCCUUUCAUCAGCGAAGAAGACACGCGUGAUCUAUUUCCUCCGUGUCCGUACAAUCCGUCUUACCUGGUGAAAAAACCUUUACAGAGAUACCAGGCUACAUGGGAGAAUCAUUACACUUCGAUUUAUCCUUUCGACUAUUCAGAUGUCGUACACCGAGUUUACGGAGCUGGCGACUUUGUGAAUUUUGGAAACGACCAGAUGGAUGAAAAUACAGCUAGUGGGAUUGUUUCUCAAGUUUGGAUGAAGAUACAAAGCAAGCGCCCUGGGAAGUACUCUCUUCGACACACCUUAAAUGUGGAGGAAAACCAUGAUCAAGGUACAGGAGACAGAUAUUUGGUGGAACUGGAACUUAUGAAAAUUUCAAGUAGAAGAUCUGUGCGAUUCUCUGAACAUCUAUACAGACCUUGGGGAACAAGUGAUCUUUGUACACCUGUGGGCGUGGCAUCGAACAAGAGUGCUGUAGUCAACGUCAUUUUAACCACAGGAAACAACCAAGGAAGAUGGCUUCUCCAUUUCCUUUACCACAUGUCGAAAAUACACAAGAAGACUAAGGAUUUCAAAUUUAACGUGGUUAUUACUGAAUUUGAUGGCAUAGAUAUUGAUUUAAAAGCAGCCCUGAAGAGAAGUGCGAUUCCAAAUUAUCAACAUGUUAGACUACCAGGGAAAUUUCAGAAGGCCUUGGGGCUGCAACUGGCUGCUGGGAUGGUCAAAGAUCCGAAUUCAAUCUUGUUUGUUAUGGAUCUUCAUUUGGAUAUUCCUUAUCAUUUCUUUGAUGAUGUCAGAAAGCAUUGCGUUCGAAAUAGGAUUGUAUACAAUCCCUUGCUCAUGCGACUUACGUGUGGAAGGACACCACAUCGACUAGGGGGCUACUGGGAAGUGUAUGGCUACGGAACGCUGGCAAUUUACAAGAGUGACUGGGACAGGAUUGGAGGAAUGAAUGUCGAGGAGUUCAAGAAUAAAUGGGGCGGAGAAGAUUGGGAGAUUUGUGAUCGUAUUUUAAUGGCCGGUAUGGAAAUUGAAAGACUCAAGAUGAUGCAUUUAUUUCAUUAUUUCCACUCAAAGAAAGGCAUGUGGGCCAACGCCAGUAACGCUACUCAGUCGCUUGACUAUACAAACAACUACUGGGUGUGAAGUAGUAAUGACUUUCUCUCCUUGUUUGACUUUCACCUGGCACACGAGCAAACAAAGUUGUGCUCGCUAGGGUACUCUCAGCCUCGAUCCCAGGCUCUAUCUCCUGGUUAGGUACUCUCCUUCGCAGUGUUAUUUGUCAGUCUCGUCACGCAACGCUCUUACCCCAGUCUCCUCGUGACAAUCCAAAAAGAGCAGAAGAAGGGCAGAAAGGGUAGCUUCAUGUAAAAAAAAAUACUGAAGUUAAUAGAAAAAUAUAUAUAAUAGUAUUUUAACAAAAAAAAAUUAUCUUAAUUAUUACAAAGCCAAGUUCAGAGACACAGCCUCAUUCGGACAGGACACCUUGUUGUAUUUAUUUCAGAGUAGCCAGGCCUUGGGUUGGUGUGCUAUGCAAUAUAUGUAUUUUUUUAAUUGACUAAAAAUAUUCUUUUUUCUACGAAAGAUAUAGUUAUAGGUAUAUGUUGGUAGAUUACAAAUCAAGUUAAAAUUUUAGUCGUUUUGUUAUUUAUUCAUAACUAGAGAAUUCUUGCGUUCUAAUUUUCAGUAAAAUAGGUUGUUUCCCUUUUUGUGUUGUUUCUUUUAGAGGUUUGUUUGGUAUACCACUACCCCCUGCACUAGACAACCCUGUUUUUAUGGGAUAUAAUUUUGAAAUUAUCAAAAUUAAAUGCACAAGAGUCUUAAAUCUUUUUACACAUAGAGCACUGUGUAAAUCCGUUGUAAAUAAGUUUUUUUUUUUCUCAGUAAGUGAGCGGGCGGAAUUCAAAAAAGAAGGAUUUCAACCUCUGCACUCCCAAAUGAACCCAAUACUAAACUGCUGAACUAAACUGCGUCGUACUCAACAAAAGUCUUGUUCCCAGAAGCCGCGAAUGUUUUUGUCAGCGCCAGGAAUUGUCGUUGCCCUUUACGCUGGAUAAUUGUAACACGGGCUCUAAAUGUAUUUGACAGAUUUUUCGCUUUCUUUUUCGGGAAUACUAAAAAUUUUUCAACGCUUUUUCUAAACCAAAAUCUCUCGCUCGUAGUUUUAGUUUUGAACUGUGGGACAUUAGCUGUGAAGCUCGGGGACCGAAAAAAUAGACGUAAUAUAUCGUUUGAAUAAAUAAAUAAUGACUUUAUUGGAUAAUUAACACAAUCAACCCAAUUACUGGUAAAACCAGUAGUUCUCAUUGCGGUACUUCUCAUUGUGGUCCUUGUGUCAAUUCUAGAAUUUCGAUCUUUGUAUUUCUUGAAUAUUAGAUUUCUAAAUUUACAAAGGAGAAUGAGGCCCCUCGUAGUACUGUCUUGAUUGUUCCAUAGUCUAGUGCUACUUGCAAAAAAUGAUUGUUCGCCGGUCUUGGUGUUAAAAAAAGGAGUAGUUAAGUCCAUUUUAGUUGACGUCCGAUUUGUGUUAUUGACAAAGCGAAUACAAUGAUUAAAGUAAAUUAAUCGGUUAGGCAGUUUGUGCGCAUGACUGAAGUGACGUUUGAACUGGGUGAAUAUUUGAUAUGCCAGUCAUCAGUGAUGUGAAAUAAACUAGUGUUGGACCCAA